GGAAGCGGCGGCGGUGCUCGGGGAGCCAUGGAGGGCAGCGGGGCAGCGCCGGGCUCCGCGCCCCGGGUGCCGCUGCAGGCCCUGCUCCGAGCCCUCAACGCCCUCCUGCGGCAGCGCCGCCACCGCGCCGCGCUCGCCGUCCUCAAGGGCUUCCGCAACGGCGCCGUUUACGGAGCAAAAAUUCGUGCCCCCCACGCCCUGGUGAUGACUUUCCUGUUCAGGAGUGGAAGUUUAAGAGAGAAACUGAAAUCGAUUGCUCAGGCUACGUACACUCAUUCCCGGAACUUGGCGUAUUUUGUGUUCACCUACAAGGGGCUGAUGGCAUUGCAGUCCUGGCUACAGGGGAAAAAAAUUCCAUUUCAUUCUUUCUUUGCAGCCUGCAUUGGGGGUUGGUUAGUGUUUGGUGAGAACAACCCCGUCAACAGCCAGAUCGUUAUGUACCUGCUGUCUCGUAUCCUGUUUGGCUUGUCUCGGCUGGCGGUGGAAAAGGGCUAUGUCCCGCAGCCAAAGCAGGAUCCCUUUCCAAUCCUUGCCGCUCUGGUGUGGGGAACAGUUCUCUGGCUCUUUGAGUACCACCGACAGACUCUGCAACCGUCCCUGCAGGCCUCCAUGACCUAUCUGUAUGACGACAGUAACGUAUGGCACGACAUUUCUGACUUCCUCAUUUAUAACAAAAAGCCUGGAAGCGAGUAGCUGGCUCCCUGCGAAGCACCUGUGAAUGCGAUGGUACCUUCCAGCAGCUAAGGGAAAAGGUUACUCUGUCGCUCUCGACUGAUUAUUAUUAAUUUUUUUUUAAUGAACAUCGAUCAAGGAGAGUUGCCUCUUGUGUCCUGACCAAAAUGUUCCGAUUAGGCUCCUAUUAGCUCUGUUCAGAGCGAGUUAAUACCCCACAGAAACUGGUUGCAAUGCCUCAGGGAGAGUAAAAUGCCUUGGGAAUCAUCAGUUAAAGGCAGUCUUUUUAUAAAUGCCUUAUUUUUCCUGUGAACGUUUUUUUUUUGUUUGGUUGGUUGGGUUUUCCUUUCCCUUUAAGAAAGGAAAUACUCUUAUAAAACGGCAGCUUGACAGCAGCUGGGGAGUAGGUCUGGUCAUGGAAAAAAUGCUCUAGGAGUUGUCUGAAGGCUCGCGAGGUGGAAGCACUUUUCUGUGCGGCUGUGCUCCCUGUCGUGGGAAGAUGGGAGUGGGAGCCCUGCUUGGUUCUGGAAGCAGAGACGUGAUUUCUUGAUUUCUAAACUAUUGCAAGGAUGGCUGUGUGCUCCCUAAGAGAGUUCCUCUGCAAUCUUUCUUCCCUCAGAGAGGCAGUUAGAUGUUUGAGAAUAAAGCUUCUGAGAUUCUCCUGUACGAGCCUGGUAAA